CUUGUGAUUAUCCAGAAAAAUGUUGUAGAACUAGAAGAAACAAGAACCUACUCGGGUUUAGGUUCCAUAGUGAAAUAAACCCAGAAUCUCUUCGAAACUUCUAGCACCUCUCAGAAACAAUUACCAUAAACCCUAAUCCCAUCCUUAUAAAUCCAUCAAUUCUUGGCUUUUUCUUUCAAACCCAAAGAUAACAAGAAAACAAAAAAAAGAAUCAAGAGAAAUAUCGAUUUGCAAAUUAACAAUGGCUCUAGCUCGUCUAGCUUUGAGAAACCUUCAACAAAAAUUGUCUCCUAGUCUGAUUGGUCAAUCUUGUGAAAGGGGUAUGGCCAGUAAUCGACAUAAUCCAGUGAAGCUAAACAGAUACAUGGCUACUUCGACUACUAGUGAACAACUAGAAGAAAAGAAGAACACACAAGUGAGUGUGUCCGAGAAGAAAUCUCCUCAACGCAAUACCCCCCGGAGACGUGGCCGCAAAAGUCUCUUGCGUAACACUGACGAUCAUGGCUACUUCGCUCCUGCCCUAAAUGAGUUUUUCACUCCAAGUCUAGGAAACGCUCUGAUGCAAGCAACAGAGAACAUAAACAGAAUUUUCGACAACUUCAACAUUAGAACAUCCCAACUAAUGGGUCAAGUGAAAGAGCAAGACGACUGUUACAAACUCAGAUACGAUGUUCCAGGGCUAACCAAAGAUGACGUGAAGAUCACGGUAGAUGAUGGAGUCUUGGUGAUUAAAGGAGAACACAAGGCGGAAGAAGAAAAAGGCUCACCUGAAGAAGACGAGUACUGGUCUUCAAAGAGUUAUGGUUACUACAACACGAGCUUGUCGUUGCCUGAUGAUGCUAAGGUUGAGGAGAUCAAAGCAGAGCUCAAGAACGGUGUGCUCAAUGUUGUGAUUCCUAGGACGGAGAAGCCAAAGAAAGAUGUUCAGGAGAUAUCUGUUGAGUAAGAGCCUAAGUGGUACGAGUGUUGUGUUUGGUUCUUUUGGUGGAAUAAGCCAAGAAUGUUGUACUCGUUUUAUGUUUGUAAUGCGAAUGGAAUAAAUUGCUAUUUACAGUAA